CUCAGCUGGGUAAGGUGAACCUCUACUAUGUAUGUAGGGAGGUAAGCUUGAACUACACAAAGAUAGAGAUGCUGAUUCCAAUGCAGAAAUGAACCUUCUACUCUCUGACGACUAUCUCCUUCAAGACUACCCCGAACACAUCACGAAUACGAUUCGGUCCGGGCACUCAACAUGCGUGCGCUUCAACCGCAAGGGCGAUUUCCUCGCAUCCGGGAGAGUUGACGGAACUGUCGUCAUCUGGGACCUGGAGACCAUGGGAGUGGCGCGCAAGCUAAGGGGCCAUUCAAAGAACAUCACCUCACUCAGUUGGUCUCGGUGCGGCCGGUAUUUGCUCUCGGCAUGCCAGGGGUGGAAGGUGAUCCUAUGGGAUCUCCAGGACGGGAAAAGAUACCGUGAGGUGCGCUUUCGUGCUCCAGUCUACGGUGCCGAGCUACAUCCGUGGAAUCACCACCAGUUUGCUGCGGCACUAUUUGAAGACCAGCCGAUGCUCGUCGACAUCACGGACUCGGCCGAUGUUCGAUACGUCCUACCCUCAGUGCCGAAACGAUCAAACCCGGAGACCGACGCUGCCCUAAAAGAGAAGCAAGCGAAGGAGGAUGCAAAGCACAUGACAACAGCAAUAGUCUAUACCGCGACAGGCGACCACCUGCUCGCUGGGACAAGCAAGGGCCGCCUCAAUAUCAUCGAUGCAAAGACACGCGAGGUUAUCUACUCGGAGAAGAUUGCCAGCGGUAUCAUCACCACGCUACGCCUUACAGAAUCCGGCAAGGACCUUCUUGUGAACGCCCAAGACCGCAUCAUACGGACGUUCCAUGUACCCAACUUGUCCGCAGCAGACCUCGAUCCAGACACGAUUCAGAUACCCCUCGAGCACAAGUUUCAAGACGUGGUGAACAGGUUAUCGUGGAACCACGUGGCUUUUAGCGCAACAGGCGAGUAUGUGGCGGCAUCAACCUAUAACAAUCACGAGCUUUACAUCUGGGAGCGUGGGCAUGGGAGUUUGGUGCGCAUGUUGGAGGGGCCCAAGGAGGAGCAAGGUGUCAUAGAAUGGCACCCGCACAGAGCGCUGCUAGCGGCAUGUGGUCUCGAGACGGGCAGAAUCAACAUUUGGUCCGUCACAAGCCCUCAGAGGUGGUCGGCACUUGCUCCCGAUUUCGUCGAGGUGGAGGAGAACGUCGAAUACAUCGAGAGAGAAGACGAAUUCGACAUCCAUCCGCAGGAGGAAAUCCAAAAACGGCGGUUAGACCAGGAAGACGAGGACGUCGAUGUUCUGACCGUGGCGAAUGGGGGGGGCUUAGGGGAGGAUGAGGAUGCAUUCCGGAUGCCGAUACUCUUCAAUUUGGGAGAGUCAGAUAGCGAGGAAGAAUUUGUGAACGUCUCGCUUGGGACGCUGCGUAGAAAGAGUCCUGGGGACGAGGAUGGUGGGGAUGAUGCGACAGGAGAAGACAGAGGGCCAGGAAAGAAGACAGGCGGUCCAGGACGAGGACGGGGGAGGAAGAAAUAGUCUAUCUGAGCAAUGAAGGACUCGCUUGAUUCUCUGCACCUUGUAUGGCUGUUUCGAGACGUCGGGUUGUAUAUUCAGUUACAAAUGACAGAUUUUGGCCCGC